GAGGGACGGACUGUCAUCUGUACUAUACAUCAGCCCUCGUCUCCAGUCUUUGAACUCUUCGACAGUCUAUUACUUAUGGCCGACGGAAGGGUAGCUUUCAUGGGGUCCAUCGGUGACGCCAAGAAUUUCUUUUCAUCGCAAGAAUUACAAAUUUGCGACAAUUAUCUCGAUUCGGGUUAUUCUGAUAUCACGAUCAAUGCGAAUGAAAACAACACUCGAGGAACGCCUACAUUAAAUAAACCGAUUCUGAGGUCGGGCUAUAGGGCUGGUUAUUGGCGACAAUUUGUGACACUAUUGUGGCGCUCGUAUAUAACCCUAAUCCGUAAUCCCCAAUUGCUACUAGACCGAUUCGUUAUGUAUUUGUACGUGCACACGGUGAAAGGGGAAUUACGCCAAUGCGUGUACCACCAUGGUAAAUUAAUUCGUACAAUGGGCGUGAUGGGGAAGGGAUGGACAUCAUUAGAGGAGCAGUCACUGAUGUAUAGGGAGCACCACAACCGAAUGCUACUAUCAUGUCUCACUAAGGACCUGGGCACUGUAUUAGCUAUUCUGCCAGUGCUCGAGACAAUGUUGAAUUACACUACCCGGGUGGUUGAAUUGGGUCCCGAAUUUAUCAUUUUUAUAUUACGGAUACCAAUCAGUGGAAACAUAUCGCCCAUAAACACCACAAACACCACACAAUCGACCACUACUUAUACCUCCGGAGUAGAAGUGAUUGAAUCCCAGGGUUUCGAUGAGUCGGCGCUCAUGUGGUGUCCGUUUGCGCUCAUGGCCUGGGCUUUGGUUUAUAUGUUCGUCGCGUAUAUCGGCUUAUGUCGGAAAGUCCGACGCAAACAGUGA